UGGGAAGCCACCAUUUGUAAACAAACGAGGAAGAAACUGACUUUAAAUGAGGUGAACGGUCAGCGGGAGUGAGACACAGACUGGAGAGGACGGGACGGUCCAGCACAGCCGCACGAAGUGCCUUGUUUCCUCGUCCUGAGUGUCUUCGGCCGGCAUGGAGCACGUGGUGGCCGACCUCCCCAGCGGCCCGCUGGACGUCUACCGGAGCAAAGCGUCCUUCAACUGGAAGGACAUGUGUGUCUUCAUAGACGGAGAGGAGAUCCUGCGGUUUAAGCAACAUGUGUUCAAGACCCUGGAGAACGACCCCUUGUUCGCCCGUCGGCCCGGAGAGGACAUCACCGUGGAGAAGAAGAAAGAGCUCACCUUCCUCAGGGUGAAGCAGCUGUUUCGCUACGACUUCAUGACCCGGGACGAGGCCAUGUCCAACCCCUGGAAGUACGUGGCCCUGCAGGACUCGCUGGGCAUGUACGACUGGGCCUUGUCCGCCAAGCACUCGCUCAACGUCGGGAUGUUUGCAGAUACCAUCGCCAACACUGGAUCGAGUCGACACAGCGCGUUUGUGGAAAACACCAGAGACAUGACGAUCUACGGCUGCUUCGCCCUGACCGAGGUGAGCCACGGCAGCAACACCAGAGCCAUGAGGACCACGGCCACCUACGACCCCGCCACCCAGGAGUUCGUGAUCAACACGCCGGACUUCGAGGCCGCCAAGUUCUGGGUGGGGAACCUGGGUAAGACCGCCACGCACGCCGUCCUGUUCGCUCAGCUCUACACGCCGGACCGGGUGUGCCACGGCCUGCACUCCUUCGUGGUCCAGAUCAGAGACCCCAAGACCCUGCUGGCUCUGCCCGGAGUGCUGGUGGGAGACAUCGGCAAGAAGCUGGGCCAGAACGGACUGGAUCACGGCUUUGCCAUGUUCAACAAUGUGAGGAUUCCCCGGGAGAACCUGCUGAACCGGACCGGAGACGUGACUCCUGAGGGCCGCUACGUCACACCCUACAAGGACCCGAACAAGCGUUUCGGGGCCUCUCUGGGGGCGCUGUCGGGGGGCCGGGUCUACAUCACCAGGAUGGGUCUGGUCAACCUGAAGCUGGCUCUGACCGUGGCCAUCCGCUUCUCCGCCACCAGGAGGCAGUUUGGACCCAAAGACUCGGAGGAGAUCCCGGUGCUGGAGUACCAGCUGCAGCAAUGGCGUCUGAUCCCGUACCUGGCGGCAGCGUACGCCCUGGAGAACUUCUCCAAGAGCAUCUUCAUGAACUUCCUGGAGUUCCAGAUCGGCCUGAUGAUGAAGGACAGCAGCGAGAGGCAGGCCGAGAUCGGCAGAGAGAUCCACGCGAUCAGCUGCUCCAGCAAGCCCCUGGGAUCCUGGACGGCUCAGCGGGGGAUCCAGGAGUGCAGGGAGGCGUGCGGAGGGCACGGAUACCUGGCCAUGAACCGGCUGGGCGAUCUGCGAGACGACAACGACCCAAACUGCACCUACGAGGGAGACAACAACGUGCUGCUGCAGCAGACCAGCAGCUACCUGCUGGGCUGGCUGCAGGCCCGACGCCACGGCGGCCCCCGGGUCGAGUCCCCGCUCCACACCGUGGACUUCCUGCAGGAUAUUGACCAGAUCCUGAGAGGCAGAUUCACAGCUGCGACGGUGGAGGAGUGUCUGGACGCAGCAGUGUGUGUGGCAGCGUACCAGUGGCUGGUGUGUUUCCUGCUGGAGGAGAGUCAGAAGAGGCUGGAGCAGCAGAGAGCGGCGGGCAGCGGCGAGUUCGACGCCCGCAACAAGAGCCAGGUGUUCUACUGCAGGAGUCUGUCCAUCGCCUACAUCGAGCACACGUGCCUGCAGAGGUUCCACCAGCUGACCUCUGACCCCGACACUCCGCCUGGGCUCAGACCGGUGCUCCGCAAGCUGUGCAGCCUGUACGGCCUGUGGAGUCUGAGCAGCCACAUGGCCACCCUGUACCAGGGAGGCUUCCUGAGCGGCCGUGCGGCGGCGGAGCUGAUCCAGACGUCCAUCCUGACCCUCUGCUCUCAGCUCAAAGACGACGCCGUCGCUCUGGUCGACGUUUUCGCCCCGACCGAUUUCAUCCUCAACUCGCCCAUCGGCUGCGCCGACGGACAGCUCUAUAAGAACCUGUGGUCGGUCGUCACGCAGGGCAGCCGGGCCCUGGAACGGCCCGACUGGUGGAAAGACUUCUGCUCCGACAAGCCGGCGGUGGGAUCGCUGCGCUCCAAACUGUGACGCCGCUAAAAAGGCGUUUUCUCCUUUUCCUGACGCUUUGUUCCGUAACCACGCUGACAUCAAACCGAAUAAUGAAACCAUCUGAUUGUUUCAGCCUGUAACACGCCUUUCACACACUUUCUGCUCAUCCGUCUCCGUCCUGUAGGAAUUUAUGAAUAAAAUCUAUAUUUUUGUGGGAGAUUUCCAGUGGAUCAGGUCUUCAAGAGCCGCGCUGUCAUUUAUUAAAUCACUGUUGUAAAGAAUCAUAAAGAAUCUAAACAUGCAAAUAAAAUGAAUGUACCGCUG